AUGGCCACGUCCACCAUGUCCAUCUGCUCCAGCGCCUGCACCGACUCCUGGCAGGUGGACGACUGCCCAGAGAGCUGCUGUGAGCCCCCCUGCUGCGCCCCCAGCUGCUGCGCCCCGGUCCCCUGCCUGACCCUGGUCUGCACCCCAGGGAGCUGUGUGUCCAGCCCCUGCUGCCAGGCGGCCUGUGAGCCCAGCCCCUGCCAAUCAGGCUGCACCAGCUCCUGCACACCCUCAUGCUGCCAGCAGUCUAGCUGCCAGCCGGCUUGCUGCACCUCUUCCCCCUUCCAGCAGGCCUGCUGCAUGCCUGUGUGCUGCAAGUCCAUCUGUUGCAAGCCUGUCUGCUGUGUACCCUCCUGCUGUGUGCCCAUCUGCUGCAGGCCUGUGUGCUGCGUGCCCACCUGCUCUGAGUCAUCCUCUUCAUGCUGCCAGCAGUCUAGCUGCCAGCCGGCUUGCUGCACCUCCUCCCUGUGUCAGCAGGCCUGCUGUGUGCCCGUCUGCUGCAAGCCUGUCUGCUGCAAGCCCAUCUGCUGUGUGCCUGUCUGCUCUGGGGCUUCCUCUCUGUGCUGCCAGCAGUCUGGCUGCCAGCCAGCUUGCUGCACCACCUCCUGCUGCAGACCCUCCUCUUCCAUGUCCCUCCUUUGCCGCCCCAUGUGCAGGCCCACCUGCUGCGUGCCUGUCUCCUCCUGCUGUGUCCCCGCCUCCUCCUGUCAACCCAGCUGCUGCCACCCAGCCUCCUGCAUGUCCCUCCUCUGCCGCCCCGUAUGCUCCUGCCCGGCCUCCUGCAGCUUCUCCUCAGGCCAGAAGUCCAGCUGCUGA